AUGACAAAUAGUUCACUGUUCUGUCCAGUUUACAGAGAUCUGGAACCAUUUACAUAUUUUUUUUACUUAGUUUUCCUCAUUGGAAUCAUUGGAAGCUGUUUUGCAACGUGGGCUUUUAUACAGAAAACCACAAAUCACAGGUGUGUGAGCAUAUACUUAAUUAAUUUGCUCACAGCUGAUUUCCUGCUCACUCUGGCAUUACCCGUAAAAAUUGUUGUUGACUUGGGUGUGGCACCCUGGAAGUUAAGGAUAUUCCACUGCCAAGUAACAGCCUGUCUCAUCUACAUCAAUAUGUACCUAUCUAUUAUCUUCUUAGCCUUUGUCAGCAUUGAUCGAUGUCUUCAGUUAAUACACAGCUGCAAAAUAUACCGAAUACAAGAACCUGGAUUUGCAAAGAUGAUAUCGACGGUCGUGUGGCUCAUGGUCCUUCUUAUAAUGGUGCCCAACAUGUUGAUUCCCAUCAAGGACAUCAAAGAAAAGUCAAACGUAGGUUGCAUGGAAUUUAAAAAGGAGUUUGGAAAGAACUGGCACUUGUUAACAAAUUUCAUAUGUGUAGCAAUAUUUUUAAAUUUCUCAGCUAUCAUUUUGAUAUCCAACUUCCUUGUAAUUAGGCAACUCUAUAGAAACAGAGACGAUGCAAACUAUCCAAAUGUAAAAACGGCUCUAAUCAACAUCCUUCUGGUGACAGCGGGUUACAUCAUAUGCUUUGUUCCUUACCACGCUGUCAGGAUCCCAUAUACCCUCAGCCAGACAGAGGUCAUAUCUGAUUGCUCAACUAGGAUCUCCCUCUUCAAAGCCAAAGAGGCCACGCUGCUCCUGGCUGUGUCCAAUUUGUGUUUUGAUCCAAUCCUGUACUAUCAUCUCUCAAAAGCAUUUCGUCUGAAGGUCACUGAGACUUUUGCCUCACCUAAAAAGACUAAGGCUCAGAAAGAAAAAUCAAGAUGUGAAAAUGAUGUGUAA